UGUGCAAGUAUUUUCGGGACUUGAACACGGUCAACGGUAGAAGGAAGGCAUUCGAAAAAAUACACCGGCAGUCAAGAUGGCAGGAAAUUUAACUAAAAUCGGUAAAGUGCUUGGACAACUAAGCACUUCGUCUACUAAAGUAUGCGCCCCUGCUGUUGCCACUCAAAACCGCAACUAUGGAACUGGAAAGAGGAUUGAAGUUGCACGCCCAAUUGUCGACCUUGAUGGUGAUGAGAUGACUCGCAUCAUCUGGGAAAAAAUCAAGGAAACUCUGAUCUUUCCUUACUUAAAGAUUGAGUGCCUCUACUACGAUCUUGGACUUCCCUACCGUGACCAGACUGAUGACCAAGUCACCUUCGAUGCUGCUUAUGCCAUCUUGAAACACAAUGUUGGCAUUAAGUGUGCUACCAUCACUCCUGAUGAACAGCGUGUUGAAGAGUUCAAGUUGAAGAAGAUGUGGCCCAGCCCGAACGGAACCAUCCGCAAUAUCUUGGGAGGCACCGUUUUCCGUGAGCCCAUCCUGUGCAAAACUAUCCCUCGUCUGGUGCCCGGCUGGACUCAACCCAUUUGCAUUGGUCGUCACGCUUUUGGUGACCAGUACAAGGCCACCGAUUUCGUCGUUCCUAAAGCUGGCUCAGUCGAACUAGUCUUCAGUCCAAAAGAUGGAUCUCCUCCUAUCCACUACCCCAUGUAUGAAUUCAAAGCUGGCGGUGUUGCUAUGGGAAUGUACAACACUGAUGAAUCUAUUACUGCUUUCGCCCACUCGAGCUUCCAGAUGGCCAUUAGCAAGAAGUACCCGCUGUACAUGUCUACCAAAAACACAAUCCUUAAGCGAUAUGAUGGUCGAUUCAAGGAUAUCUUCCAAGAAAUCUAUGAAAAGACAUACGAGCCCGAAUUCAAGAAACUUGGCAUCUGGUACGAACAUCGCCUGAUCGACGACAUGGUUGCCCAAGGAAUCAAGAGCUCAGGUGGCUUCGUCUGGGCCUGCAAGAACUACGAUGGUGAUGUCCAGUCUGAUGUUGUUGCUCAGGGUUAUGGAUCUCUUGGCUUGAUGACAUCUGUUCUUAUCUGCCCGGAUGGCAAGACCGUCGAGUCUGAAGCCGCCCACGGAACUGUUACACGCCACUACAGAGAACACCAAAAGGGUAAAUCCACGUCUACCAACCCCAUUGCUUCCAUCUUCGCAUGGACUCGUGGUCUAGAACAUCGUGCUAAGCUCGACAACAACCCAGAGCUUGCCCGAUUUUCUCAGUUGCUCGAGAAGUCUUGCGUCGAUGUCGUUGAUUCCGGAAAGAUGACUAAGGAUCUUGCCAUUUGCGUAUACGGUAUGAAAGAAACCAAGGAAGGAAUGUAUUUGAACACGAUGGACUUCCUUAAUGCAAUUUCUGAUGAUUUGAGCAAGAAAAUGUCAAGCUAAACUUGCCACCUAUUUUCCAGCUGCUGGUACGUUUAGUAUCUGUGCAACGUCCCUCCACUUAUUGUUGUGUAGGCCAAAGCAAUACACAUCCAUAUUGUGUACAUCGCUGUUAUCGAUUCAUUGGUGAGGAAGCCAUGUAAACAGCAUUGUUUAUAAAUUUUUAGAAUAAUAUACUGAACAUUGUAUAGGUA